AUGAGUUACGCGGAGAUUCUCUACACUGCGCGGAAUAGGACAAACGUCGACGAAAUCGGCAUUAAAGAAAUCCGCCCGAAGAAGGCCCGCACAGGAGCAUUUCUCUUGGAAAUUCCGGGCCCGGCGGGAGCGGCCCAGGCGGAUUCAUUGCCUGAUAAACUACGAGAGGUCUUAGCGGAUAAGGAAGAAAUCCACGUCUCCAGACCUAGGAAGAUGACCGAGAUCCGGGUGAGGGACAUCGAGGACUCCGUGUCCCAUCAAAAGAUAGCCUGUGUACCAGCCCGGGAAGGCGGCUACGAAGCCGAUGAGGUAAAGGUUGGCCCCAUUAGAAGAGCUUCAAACGGACUGGGCGCCAUAUGA